CAAUAUGUCUUAUCCUAGUAUUUUAUAUAUAUACCCAACCAGAACUUGUUCUCUAAAUUUUUCAAAUACAGUUUAAGCAAAAAAAAAAUAUAUAUAUAUAUAAUGACAAAAUUCCUUUUCAAACAAUUUUUUUUAUUAAUGGAAAACAUUCAUUUGUCUUUAAAUAUAUUCCCUUUUUCUUUUCCAAACUCAACUAUCCCACAUAUAUCACAAUAGACAAACUCCAACAUACCUCAGCUUCUUCAGCAACACGCAUAUACCCUCAAAAAACUACAUCUUCAAAUUAACUCCAUAAACCUGCAUCAUAGUCGUUUUCAUAAUAAUGCGUCACAUAUACGUUCUACACCAAACUGAAACUUAUUAAGAAUUCCUCCUAAUUAUUGUAUAUAUACAUUCAAGCCCACGCAUAAACAUGAACGUUUUAUUUACGGUAAAUACAGAAAAGGGAUGGCGGAAUACCAUAUCUUAUUCAUUUUUAUGUUAUUUAACUGAUAAAGCGAUAGUGUUUACUGAUUUAUGGAAUUUUGUUUGUGUUUUCUUUCUAAGUUGACUUAAAACUAAUACUUUAAAUCUGCACUCUUCCUCGAAAUUUCGCGUGGGCAUUCUUUCCAUCUUUGAAAAUCAACCAAUACACAUUUUCUCAGUCUUUGGAAGUCAAGCAAUACACAUUUUCUCAUCUCCCCCAUAAUAAGAAUAACAAAGGUCUAAAAUUGAUUCCUUCUUAACAAUAACGAAGAAGUACAAGAAAAACAAAUUAAAGUUAUCUUACAUUAAAAAAUGGUGAAAUAUUUUUCUUUGAUUAUCGUCCUCGCCUCUUCUCUUCUUCUUGUCCUUCAAGACCUCGAACAAGUUCACGCCCUUGGGUGUUCUGGAAUAUUCUUAAACGGUAACAGCAGCUACUUUCAGAAUCGUCAAAGUCUCUUCUCUACUCUUGCUUCAAAAGUAGUCGCCAACGGUGGAUUCUACAACGCCUCACUCGGCAAGAAUCCCAACAGAGUUCACGCUCUUGUCCUCUGCGCAAGAGGCUAUGAGCAACAAGCUUGUAUCAGUUGUGUCGAAAAAGUGACUCAAGAGAUACAAACGAGUUGCCCGAACCGAAUGAAUUCGUUCCAUUGGGACAAUGGCGAUGGAGACCAUGUUUCUUGUCUUGUACGUACCUCAAACCAGUCAACUUUCAAGAACUUCCAGCUUGUACCUGCUGCCAUAUACCCAAGUCCACUUACUAUCGAGCCAUCCAAGGACAUGACCCUUUUCAGUAAACAGUGGGAAGCAACGGUUAACCGGACAGUCCAGGCUGCCACGGAAGCUAAAAAUAUAUCCGUACUUCAGUACUAUAGUGCUGUAGAAGCCGAGUUCACGGAGUUUCCAAAUGUAUACAUGCUGAUGCAAUGCACGCCUGACAUAACUUCUCAAGACUGCAAGAUAUGUUUGGAAAAAAGCGGGACAUAUUUUAAAAAACAGUUUUGGGGAAGACAAGGCGGCGAGGUUAGUCGUCCGAGCGGUGUUUUCAGGUGGGAUCUAUAUGCUUUCCAUGGUGCUUUUGAUAAUAUAACAAGAGUUCCUGUACUUCCUGGAGGUCAAGGUCAGGCUCAGCCACCUUCAAAGGACAGUUCUAUAAAAGGCAAUAAAGAAAGAAGCAUUGGGAAUGGUGGAAUUAUCUCGAUAGUUGUUCCUGCUUUGAUUAACAUUUUAGUGUUUAUUGGACUCAUCAAACUCUAUACUCGGAGGAGACAAUUCAAAAACAAAAAUGUUGGUACUGCAGAGUACUCUGAUGGUCAACUUAUGUUACGGUUUGAUCUGGGAAUGAUCUUAAUGGCAACCAAUGACUUCUCGUCUGAUAAUACGCUUGGCCAAGGUGGAUUUGGUACGGUCUAUAAGGGGAUAUUGCCAAAUGGCCAAGAGAUAGCUGUGAAGAGAUUAACAAAAGGUUCAGGGCAAGGAGACAUGGAGUUUAAGAAUGAGGUUUCACUCUUGACAAGACUCCAACAUAGGAAUCUGGUUAAGCUUCUUGGGUUCUGUAAUGAAGGGGACGAGGAGGUUCUUGUCUAUGAGUUUGUCCCCAACUCAAGUCUUGAUCACUUUAUCUUUGAUGAAGAGAAGCGUUCGUUUCUUACAUGGGAGGUGAGGUGCAAAAUUAUAGAAGGCAUUGCUAGAGGCUUUCUUUAUCUCCAUGAAGACUCUCAGCUGAAGAUUAUUCAUAGAGACUUGAAGGCAAGCAACAUCCUUUUAGAUGCUGAGAUGAACCCUAAAGUUGCAGACUUUGGGACAGCUAGAUUGUUCAACACUGACGAGACUCGAGCUGAAACAAGACGAAUAGCUGGUACCCGUGGAUAUAUGGCUCCUGAAUACGUUAAUCAUGGGCAAAUCUCAGCUAAAUCUGAUGUAUAUAGCUUUGGUGUUAUGCUUCUAGAGAUAAUAAGUGGUGAAAGAAACAAGAGCUUUGAAGGAGAAGGAAUUGCAGCUUUUGCAUGGAAGAGAUGGGUUGAAGGAAGGCCUGAAAUCAUAAUUGAUCCUUUCUUGGUAGAGAAUCCGAGUAACGAGAUCAUUAAGUUGAUCCAGAUUGGUUUAUUGUGUGUCCAAGAAAAUGCAUCAAAGAGACCAACAAUGAGCUCUGUAAUAGUUUGGCUUGGCAGUGAGACAAUUAAAGUUCCUUUACCUAAGGCUCCUGCUUUCACAAGUAAACAAUCCCAAUCUGAAGAUGGGAUAAUGUCAAUCAGCAAUGUCUGCACGGAGUUGAGUUCUCGUUGACUUAUAAAUUUAUUAAUCAGUAUGUUGUUUAUAAGGUAGUACAAAAUAUUCUUAUUACAAGUAGAUACAAUCACAAGUUCUAGAAACAGAGAAUAUAUUACUUGCUUAUUUGAUUCAUAUGUUUGUUUUGUUCAUUGAUUGUUGCUCUUUUUCAUUUGCUCAGUGCUUUGUUUUCUUCUUUGAUUUAUUUGAUGUAUGAAGAAGAAAGACAGAGUUGAGAGAAAACGAAGAUAGGUCUAGAGUUUCCUUUAAUAAUAUUAUUGCAAUGUAGUCUGUAAGUAGCCACCACUCAAGAGGAGGAAAAGAUAUUUUCAAAAGAGGAAAGAUUAAACGCUCUGAACUAAAUAAAGAGUUCAAAGGAAAAUUUGAAUUUUUAGUCGAUCCAAACACAACUUUGACUUCAGUGUCCAGAGUCCUAUAGUCCAAAUAAUGGUUAAUUUAUGUCAUAAUUUUUGAUUCAGAAUGAAUUUAAUAUCCCUGACCUCUCUCAUGAAAAGAAACUUGGCCUAAGUGAAUUUGAAUGUGUACAAGAUUAACAAGAAGUUCAGGGCAAGGAGAUAUGGAAUGAGGUGUUACUUCUGGCAAUAGUUAAACAUAUAAUUAUGGCUAAGCUUUUUUUUUUUUACUAAUAUGGCUAAACUUUGUUUCUGCAAUAAAAGAGAUGAAGAGUUUUUAGUUAGUGAAAUUGUUUCCUAUUUAAGCCAUGGAGAAUUGAGGAGAUUCUCUAGCAUAAAAGAUUCUCUCUAAGAUCAUUUUCAAUAUGUUUCUAUGAGAAAAUGGCCUAGAUAGUCCCAAACCAAGUUUUUGUUUCCAAACUAGCGCUCAAGGUCCAAAGUGACAAAAAUAGGUUUCAUUAAAGAGGAUCAUUUACUCUUAUGCUUCUUAUGCACGACGACAGCUCGUCUCUUCUCCGGCGUCAAUCAUCUCCAGCAUAAAUCAUCUCGGCCAUCAUCAUCUCCGGCAUCGUCCAUCAUCGUCUCAGGCGUCGAUCGUCUCCGGCGUCGUUCAUCUCCGCCGUAAUCAUCUCCGCUGUAAUCAUCUUCGCCAUCUCUCUGUAAUUGAGCUAAACGUGUUUGAUUUCUGUGUGAAAAGUCAAUUGUGAAAAUGGUUACAAAACCAGGUACUGCAUCCGAGGCACUCUAUAAUCCAGAUGUGUCUAAUGUGGAUAUGGAACCAUACAGUCAUUGGAGUCUAAACUUUCGAAGAAACUCGAGAUUACAGAGAAUGAAAAAGAGGACAACGACGAAGAAGAAGAAGGAAGCAAAGGUGAAUAUUUUUUUCUUAGUGUUCUGACUGAUCACACAGUUUUGAGCUCUUUUGCGUCUCUAAUUCAAUCACCCAUUAAGAAAAAAAAAUCUUUUUGAUAUCUCUCUGUGUUACUGAUUAAUUAGAUUGUAGAAAAUUGGUGUUUUUAAAUGUUUAGAUUAUUGAUAGCUUUCUAAGACUUAAAGUAUAGCCUUAUGGUUUAGAUUGAGAAUGGAUGAGUUCAUGAGUGUAUGGUUGAUUAAUAAGUUACUUCUUGUUUGUUUUAAGCUGAGACUUCAACUACAAAGAAGAAGAAAAACAAGAAUAAAAGCAAGUAAGUAAUGUUUUUUCUACGUCUUUUUUUUUAAUUUGAUUUGCCACUUUUGGUUGUUUGCUUUACUGAUCAGUCUCUUGCUUAUCUUUGCAGGAAAAAACCCCAGCAGACUGAUCCGCCUACAAUCCCUAUCGUGAAAUUUUUCCCAUCCGGAGACUUUCGUUAAGGUGAAAUCCAACAGUAUAAGGAUGAGUAAGUUCCAUACCAACAACUCUAUUCGGACCAGCUUUAUAGUAUGCAAUAAGCUUGUGGAUUUAGUUCAUAUAGCUUUUGUCUUUGCAUCUGUUAAACUCCAUCGUAUUUUUAGUCUUUUUCUUUUCAAUACUUUUUUUCUUCUCUUGUUACCUUUAUGACACUUUAAGAUCGUGAUCUCUGUAAUGUAGCAAUUUGUUGGUGUUUUAUAAUGAUACCACAUUUAACACUUUCUUGAUAUAAUUACUGAAAAUGCUUCAAGCUAUUCUAUUUCUAUGUUCUCUGUUUUGUAGACAAUGACCUCUAUUUGGUGAUUUCUAUAGCCAAUGAUUUUUUUAUAGAUUUUGAUUAUGUUGUUUUGUUUUUUAUUUUUUUGGACGAUUAAGUUCCAAUUCAGGAUAGCCGUCCUGAACAAGGACUAUCUAACAUUCCUUACACGCUUUUGAUUCUCUUCGAAAACAUACUUAUGCAAGAAAAUACACUCAUUUUAUUUUUCUAGAAGCCCAUCUUGAAAGUUUCACAAGCUAUCCUAGAUAACAGUGUGUUUUAGAAUGAUACCACAUUUAACACUUUCUUGAUAUUAUUACUGAAAAUGCUUCAAGCUAUCAUAUUUCCAUGUUCUCUGUUUUGUAGACAAUAACCUCUAUUUGGUGAUUUCUAUAGCCAAUGAAUUUUUUUUAUAGAUUUUGAUUAUGUUGUUUUGUUUUUUGUUGUUUUGGACGAUUAAGUUUCAAUUCAGGAUAGCUAUCCUGAACAAGGACUGUCUAACAUUCUUUACACGCUUUUGAUUCUCUUCGAAAACAUACUUAUGCAAGAAAACACACUCAUUUUAUUUUUCUGGAAGCCCAUCCUGAAAGUUCCACAAGUUAUCCUAGAUAACAUGUGUGUUUUAUAAUGAUACCACAUUUAACACUUUUUUGAUAUAAUUAUUGAAAAUGCUUUAAGCUAUCCUAUUUUCAUGUUUUGUGUUUGAUAUGUGUUCCAUGUUUUGUAGAUAAUGACCUCCAUUAGGUGAUUUCUAUAGCCAAUGAAUUUUUUCUAGAUUUUGAUUAUGUUGUUUUGGACGAUUAAGUUCCAAUUCAGAAUGACCAUCCUGAACAAGGACCGUCUAACAUUCCCUACACGAUUUUUUUUUGGAAACCUAUCCUGAAAAUUCCACAAGCUAUCCUAGAUAACACGUGUGUUUUAUAAUGAUACCAUAUUUUUAUUCAUUCACACAGCAAAAGUGCAUUAUUGUAUACGAAAUGUCAUGCAACUUAAUAACAUGUCUCAAAAAUAAAUGGAGACAAGUUAUAAACCAAAUGUCAUUAAGGUCUGAAUUUUGAGAGCAGAAAGAAAAAAGGUUUUUUUAAAUUUCAAAGAUUUAUCCGAACUUGUCUCCAAGAAAAAAUCAAACGGGAAUAACAGUAUUAGACUCUCCAGCUACUUCUUUUUCUUCUGGAAUAAACUUUAUUUGUGACCAUAAGGUGUUUAAAGUUUAUUCCAAAUGAGAGAAGUUAUGUAGAUCUCAGAUUCAGAGAGCGAAGAACAAAACUUUUGAUCGGUGCUCGUCGCUUCAGCAUUUGAUUUUUUUCCGAUGACGUUGACGUUGAGAGGAGGCGAUGAUCCAAACCAAAAUUGGUCAUGUUCUUCAAUCACUUUGGCUCUGAUCCAAUUGGAUACUUGAGCUCAGGCAGAGCUAGUAAUUAAGGUAUUGAAACUCCCAUUGUGUCCCUGUCUUGCGUAAACCAAACCAAAAAUUUUUUUCAAGUAGUAUCAAAGUUUCUGGAAAGCUAUCCUAAAACUAUGAAACGUCUUCCUAAAACCAAAAGAAAAAAUCUCAAAAGUUUUCCCAAACAAAUUCAUCUCAGUCACACUCACGAACACAAGCAAACUCUUCUGGCUCAUUUCACACACACAAUUUUCAAACAUUAUCAUAUCACCCAACUUAACUAUAAAGAUCCCCUCCCCUAAACAUUCAAUAGAUGCGAACAAACAACAAAUGAAUAUGCCAGCAAGGAUAUAAAAGUGAAAUCUAAAGGAAAAAUCAAAAUCAAUCUGUUGUUUGAGAAAGCUAAGCUUAAAACAUCACAAGUUUUCAGAAGCAAACUCAUCACAGUCAUACUGAGGAACACAAAAUAAUUCUUCUGGCUCACCUCACACACAGUUUUCAAAGCCAGCGUCAAGAAACUUAACUAACUCAGGCAUAAAGCCAGUGUCUCCCAUUAUCUCUUAACCUCUUCUGGUAAGCUACAGAGCCUAGACGUAACCUUCAAGGCUGAUUCUUGAACGGAGAUCUCCCGUUGCUUAGAAGAUACAUCAAAGGAUCCAAGAACUUGCAACUCAUCAAUGCAUUCAAACAACCGGGCGACCUGAAACAUAAGUUAUCGAUUGCCCUUAACGCUGUCUCCUUAGAUUUGGAAGAGGACAACAGAUUGGGAUCUGAUAAUACACUCACUAGCUCCUGGAUUCCUCCUUUUCUAACAAAGACCUCACGUUUCUGUUCAUCUUUAAAACACAUACCUAACAAAAGAUCAAUAGAAUUUACCUGAACAAUCUCUUCCUUCGAUCCAAUAAGCUUAAUGAAAGUUGUCUUCGUAUCAUCUUCUUCAAUCAUAUACCUCUUGAUCUCUUCAACACCUACGGGAUUCCUCAACACUCCACAUGAGCACUGUCAAAAAUCUGAAUAUGAAAUAAAUAAAGCUUGAUAAGAGAAGAAAUAUGAACAUAAAACAUUCAAAAUCGCUUAC